AUGGCGGUUUCCCGGCCUGGACAGCCUGUGGCGAGGGGAAGGCUGCCCAAGGGCACCCGGGCAUCCGUCCGCGGACAUUCAGGCAGUGACCAAUCCCCGGCCAUCCUGGCGUGCGCCCUGCAUCGUGGGCCAUUUCCCAGCCGGCCGGUGGGGGAGAAGACACUGUGUCUCCCCGGGUCUUGCCCCCAGCACCAACCCGGAGACCACCUUGGGCUGGAGCCCAGCACGGCCACGGCGUCUCGGCUGUCCAGCUUGGGACAGACCAAGACCGCGGACACUCAAGAGCCGGGCCCAGCUGACCCCCCGGGGGUGCUCGAGGCAGCUUCCAGCGGCAGCCUGCUUCCAGGAGACACCAGGCCAUGGGCAGCUCCCAGGCACCAGCUCCUGGAGCCCCGUGCCGCCUCUGCCCCCCACCCCACGGGUCCCCAGACCCCCUCCUUUCCCGCCUGCCCCCGGGUGCAGCCUCUGCUGACCGCUCGCCACGUCCCGUCCCGGAGCCCUCGGCGGCAGCCACCUUCCCUGCGGGCUCUGCUUCCUGCUGGGGACCAACCUCGCUCUGGACUCAGCUCAGCUUCCUGCGGACCCCCCACCCUCCACAGCAAGCCCACUGUGCCCCACAGGACCCCCAGCCAGGCGGGCUCCCUCCCGUCACCCAGACCCCCUGCCCUCACCCCCCCACUUUCUAACUGCCCCCUUCCCCAAAGGGCAUGA